UUUACACCACCGGCAAGCAGGCAGCAGUACUAAACUCAUUAAAGCUUCUCUUUCUUGUUCUUCUUCUGGCACUUUGGUGAGUGGCAAUGGCUAAGAUCCUCUGCCUUGUUAUUUUGGCCCUCAUUGCCAUCUCCAUGGUUGCAACCACGGCUAUGGCCAAUGCCCACAUUGAUAGGGCACGAUAUGGUGAAGGGAGCCUAAAGGGUUACGAGUGCGGCUCGCAAUGCAAGAGGAGGUGUCAGAAGACACGGGCUUCUUUGAAUCAGCCCUGUCAACUCUUCUGUAACAAAUGCUGUGCAAAGUGCCUCUGCGUUCCUCCUGGAUACUCUGGAAACAAGCAGGUUUGUGCUUGCUACAACAACUGGAAGACAAAGAAAGGAGGACCAAAGUGCCCUUGAAUACUUCGUCCCAUUAUCACUCUCGAUCGAGUCCCUGAGGCUCCUAACAUAUAUGGCACAAGCUGGUGGCGGUGCCAGAGCGGUUGUUUAAUUUGUAGUCUUUCUUUCUGAUUCCUGUCAGUUGUCGUCUUUACUCUUUAGUCGCUACAAGUCAUGAGUUCUAUGACUUCAUAUUGACAAACUUUUACUAAUGUUUGCUCCUCCUCUGGGGAAAGAAGUUUUACCCAAUGUUUGCCCGUCAGAGAGCAGUAGCGUCUCACCACAUCAGUUCCCCUUAGUGCCGUGGGAUAAUCCAAUUAUCUUGCAAUGCAAUUUAGUAGGUUCAACAAUCAA